AUGGGAAACAUCGUCCAAUGCUGCCACACUCUGUCAAACUACUUCAGGUGUAAGGAUGCACCGGCCCAGGGCGAGGCGGAAAGAUCGCCUCUGCUGUCCAGCGAUGAGAGCGAGUGUGAAUCUCCGAGUCUGCCGGACGACUUGGAGGACGACCUGUUGACCGUCUCCACUGGCAUAACGAACCCGGCCUUGGAACCGGAGCACUUCCUGUUUCCUGACAUCAUCCUGAGCAGCAACCCGGGAGGUGAAGUGACUCUGGUGGAGCCGAUGGUGUGUCUGCUGGUGUCUGAGGAGGAAGAGGGGGCGUGUGAGGCGGUGAGGGUGGAUGAGGAAGGGCAGGAGAGGAGGGGGAGAGACAGGGGCUACUCUGAGGUUGAAACCCAGACCGAAGCUGAGACACAGAUCGGGACAGGGGUGCAGACACAGACCGAGUCGCAGGCAGAAGUUCAGACGCAAACAGAAAUACUCGAAUGCAGUAAUGAGACUAAGGAGAGAGAAGUUAACGCACUGACCAGCAACGCACAGGGGACGGAUGUGGAUUAUUGGGAAGAACAUGAAAUACUCAGAGAGGUGGAUAUGUUUUUGGAGGCACAAAUGUCACAGGACAGACACUCAGAAGUCCACACUAAAGAGGGGAAAAUGAUCUCUGGAACCUGCUCUGACACAAACAUUUUGACAGAAAUGCAAAUAUUACAACCAGAACAAAACACUGAGCUAAUAAAGGAGUUAAACACUGAUGAGGAGAAUGUCUUUAGUGUUUUGGAAAAUACAGACUUUGCCUGGACAGAGCAAACACAUGAGACUGAAAGGGAUAAUAAACAAAAUGAAUCAAGGAACUCCUCAGAGACUGAACACAAGGCAAGUAACAUGGAUGCUGCUGCACAAAAGCAAACAAAACACAGUGACAACAACACAGAAGUUGUGGACAACUUUGACCUCGCUGAGUGCAAUGUGGGUCCGACACAACGCAGGAAUCAGGAUGCUGAACAGAUGGGAGCAGCAAGUGUGGAGUCAGAUCAGACUGCAAAUGAAAAGGACGAUAUUAAUAUCUGCCCAGAAGGAAACGUGUCCGAGGACAACACAAAUCAGAGCUCACUACAUGAAAGUUGUAUCCAGUGUCAUGAAAAGUCACAGCUGCUAAAGGAGGAAGACGACAGCAAAACAGGUCUGCAGCACAUUUCGGAGACAGCUGUGCCACAGGUGGAGGACAGAGAAGGAGCUGAGAUGAAGCAAAUGACCUUGUUUUUAGUCGACAGAUUGUUUCUGGCAGCACCGCAUGUCGAAGUGCCUCCAAGUCAAACUGAAGAAAGUCCUGAGGAUGAUCCCUCAGAGAAGUCAGAUGAUGAUAAAAGGCAACAACUCAAAGACAUAGUUGAGCUCCAAGAGACGAGCUUCACUGUCAGAAUUCAGCCUCCAGGAGCAGAGAGUUUUGAGCUUCAGGUGUCUGGACAGAUGUUGGUGGCGGAGCUGCACCAGGUGUUGAUGGAUCAUGAGGUCACCUGCCACCGCACAUGUUUUUCCCUCCAGCUGGGCGGCAUCGCGCUCGACGGCCUUGCAGAGCUGCACUCCAUCCAGGGCAUCCAGGACGGAGCGCUGGUCAAGGUGGUGGAGGAUUCCUACUCCGUACGCGACGCUCGUCUUCAUCUCAGACAUGUACGUGACCUUCUGAGGAGCCUCGACCCCGCAGAUGCUUACAACGCAGUGAACUGCAGCUCACUAUCUUACCUCACUUUUUAUACCAGAGACAAAGACAGUGAAAAUGUGGGGAAGAGAAAAGCUUCUGAAAGGUCUGUUGACUGCAGCCCUCCAGAUUACAUCCUCCCUGGAUGUAGAGACCGACUGCUGACUCCGCUGCAGCCAGUCAGAGAUGACAGAAAGCCUUUACAGUGCCUGCGGGUCCUGACCAUGAGCAGCUGGAAUCCUCCUCCAGGAAACAGGAAGAUGCAUGGAGACUUAAUGUACCUCAAUGUCCUGACUAUGGAAGACAGAGAGCUCAACAUCACAUCCUCUACGCGGGGUUUCUACCUCAACCAGUCAACUGCCUUCAACUUCAACCCCAAACCUGCAGCUCCCAAAAUCCUUUGCCACUCUCUGGUUGAGCUGCUGAAUCAAGUCAGCCCUGCUUUUAGGAAAAACUUCACUGCCCUGCAGAAGAAGAGAGUUCAGCAGCACCCUUAUGAGCGGAUCGCAGCACCUUUCCAGGUGUUUGCCUGGGUCGCCCCUCAUGGAGACCACAGCCUCGACUGCGUCAGAGCGGAGGAGACUCACACCAGUCGUAUGGGCCAGGACGAGCAAACAAGUCGGGACUGGAAUGAGGAGCUGCAGGGAUGCAGGGAACUCCCCAGGAGCUGCCUUCAGGAGCGUCUGCAUAGACAGAGGAGCAUAUUCAAGACCAACAGUGACUUUGUUGCUGCUGCAACACGAGGUGCUGUGGCCGUUAUUGACGGAAACGUCAUGCCGCUAAACCCAGGGGAGUCGCCUCAUAUGCAGAUGUUUGUGUGGAACAACCUCUUCUUCAGCCUGGGCUUUGACAUUUCUGAGCACUACCGACCACUGGGGGGCAACACUGCUGCUCACGCUGCUGCCAUCUGUGACCUGAGAGGAGCACAGGCGUAUGCAUCUGUCGACAUAGAAGGCCUUCACACACUCGGGACAGCAGUGGUAGAUUACCGUGGUAUUCGUGUUAUUGCUCAGACAAUCGUCCCUGGGAUACUGGAGAAAAACCACGAGCAGAGUAUAGUCUAUGGCUCUAAUGACAAUGGAAAAACUGUUUUUUCACACCCAAGGUUUCUGGAGCUUCUGGAUAAAACCAGUAAACCACUGAGAGUGCAGCGUCACCAGGUGCUGGACCACAACAACGCCCCACUGGACCUCUGCUCUGGCAUGGAGACCAUCGGCAUCCUGGGUAACGACGGACGAGCUUACAUCUUAGAUCUCCUGCGGACGUUCCCACCAGAUCUCAACUUCCAGUUCUCAGAGAAAGAGGAGAUGAGGGAGGAUGUGCCAAAGGAGUGUCAGAGCUUUGGUUUUCCUCGGCUGCAUCAUCACAGCCUGGCCAGCCUGAGACCAGAGCUGAUAGAGGCCUUCGUCCAGCACAGGUAUCAGAUUUUUGUGAAGAUGGUGUCCCAGGAGCUCAGUCAACCGGAAGAACAGGAGGAAGCCAAGGAGCACAUCAAGGAACCUGUUUGUGAGCUGACAGCUGGAGACAGAGAUGCAGUCGGUGCUGACAUGGAAUCCCAGAAAAGGAGUGUGAUCCUGAAAGCCUGUAAAGCUGUUGGAUCAGCAAGCGACUGUUGCUUUGACAUCCGCUUCAAUCGAAACAUUUGCUCUCCGGGUGUUCGUUUCUCUUCUGAGUGUGUCGAGGAGGUUCAGAGGCAGAGACGGUUGUUGUGGGACGCGGCUGCUUUUCUGCUUUCUAACCAGAUUCCAGCUGUGCUGAGAGACUGUCUGGACCACACAGCAGUGCCGAUGGAUGGAGCCACUCUGACUUCAGUGCUGCACCAGCGAGGUGUGAAUGUACGAUAUCUGGGCACAUUACUAAGGGAGCUGGACAAGCUGGAGGAGAGGGAGAGACUCAGCCACAUACAGAGAAUUUCCAUCAGUGAAGUCAUCAUCAGAAGUGCCAAACACAUCUUCAGGACCUAUCUACAGAAUGUGGAACCUGCAGCUUUCUCUGCAGCUGUCAGUCACUUCCUGAACUGCCUCCUGAGUUCGUCCUCCAAUUUUCCUGACUCCUGCUCGGAUGAGCUGCUUUCUCGCCGCAGGAGCCGCCGCCGCCGCAGCCACGGGAGUCGAGUCACCUCGCUGACAGACAGCGUUUGGGCUCGGCUGACUUCUACUGAGCUGUGGGGCAAGAUCAGGGCUGAGGCUCAGGAUUAUUACCAUCACACAAUUGACAGUGAAAGUAUAGAUGCAGUGAUAGAAAAGCACAACCUUCAGAGGCUCUCCCUGCUGAGAGAGAUGGCCAUCAAGACAGGCAUCCAGGUGCAGUUGAGGGAGUAUGUGUUUGAGUCUCGUCACAGGCCAGUGUUUGGUGAGGAAGACGUCAUCAACAUGUUCCCUGUGGUCAAACAUCUUGAACUUACAUCACCAGAUGCCACACGGCUCGUGCAGCAAGCGCAGCUGGCAGUGCAGCAGGGGCUUCUCAAAGAUGGCUAUGAAUUGAUUAGCCAGGCCCUGACUCUGUUCAGCAGCAUAUGUGGGGUCCUGUACGAGGAUGUGUGCAUGUGCCUGCGUCUCCUGGGACGGCUCAGCUACAUUCUGGGGGAAAAUGCAGAUGCCCUCAGCCACCAGGAAAAGGCAGUUAUGAGCACUGAGAGGAUACAAGGCAUCGACCAUCCACAGACUAUACAAGACUACACUUAUCUGGCUCUGUACUGCUUUGCUGGAGGCCAGCACUCGACCUCCCUGCAGCUGCUGUAUCGUGCUCGGUACCUCACCCUGCUGGUCAGUGGAGACGACCAUCCACAAGUCGCACUGCUGGAUAGCAUGCUGGGUCUGGUUCUUCAUGGAUUAAUGGAAUAUGAGCUUUCCCUGAAGUUCCUACAGAAUGCCUUAAUUUUAACCUCAAAAUACCACGGUGCCACAUCCCUGAAGCAUGCACACAGUCAUCAUCUGCUCGCCACUGUGUACGAGAGCAAAGGAGAGUUUCGGUCAGCUCUGCAACACGAGAAAGAGGCUUAUUCAAUCUAUAAGAGCCAGGUUGGCGAGAACCAUGACAAUACGAAGGAAAGCUCGGAGUACCUGAAGAGCCUCACUCAGCAGGCUGUGAUCCUUCAGAAAGCCAUCAACCAUAUCUACAGUAACACACCCAGUGCCUGUACCCCACCUCCAAAGUUUUCCACGCCAAGCCUUCCCACAAUCCUUCAGCAGCUCAACCUGACAUGUGGAAUUAUUCUCAUCCCCCUCAGUGCAAAAGAAAUUGCAGACCUGAGGACUGCGUUAAAAGAAAAGGAAAAAGUUCAAGUGGAGGAGCUGGAAAAUCAAUUAUUAAAGUAA